AUGAAUAAGGAAAACUUUCGUUUCUACAUCAAAGUACGCACUGCACUUAAUAUUCCAGCAAGAAUUAUUUACGAUGAAUUAUGUUCUGUUUUUGACGAUCAAGCUCCUGCACUUAGGACGGUGGAAUGGUGGUCUAAAUUAUUUCGAGAAGGAAGAGAAGAUGUUGAAGAUGAAGAAAGACCUCGCAGACCUAUAACCGAGACAACAUCUGAAAAUAUCGAGCAAGUUCGUAGCCUUAUCAAUGAUAAUUCUCAUAUUACAAUACAAGAAAUGGAGGUUCAAACUGAACCUCUUAUUGAUAACAUCAAAAGACAACGUCCUACUUGUGGUGUCCAGGGUAUCAAACUUCAUUACGAUAAUGGGCGACCACAUGUUCAUAAGGAAGUAUCAAAUUAUCUUGAAUCGAAAGGUAUUACAAUAAUCAAACAUCCACCUUAUUCUCCAGAUUUGGCACCGUGUGAUUUUUGGCUAUUCGAUUUUAUCAAACAAAAUAUACCCGAUCAAAGUGAUUCAGAAUCGUUACAUCAGGCUGUAUCCGACUUCAUGAACUCCUUAAGUAAAGAAGAAUACAGAAAAACAUUCGAUAAAUGGAUUCAACGUAUGCGCUUAUGCGUGGAUAAUCGCGGCGAUUACUUCGAACAUUUGANCACUGCACUUAAUAUUCCAGCAAGGAUUAUUUACGAUGAAUUAUGUUCUGUUUUUGGCGAUCAAGCUCCUGCACUUAGGACGAUGGAAUGGUGGUCUAAAUUAUUUCGAGAAGGAAGAUAA